UCAGCGAUCGCCCCAAAUCUGCCAUCGGCUUGUGCCCACGUCCUGGCGCGACUUUUCUCACACUCGCUUCUCUUUACCCACCCCCUCGCUCCCCUUCCCCUUCAACCAGAACUUCCCUAGACUCACUUUCUCCUCAUCCAUCCAUCAUUUCCCCCUCCUCCUCUUUUUUUUUUUCUUCCUUUACCACUUUCCCUCUUCUUUCCCCUCUCACCCUCCCCUCCUCCUCCUUCUCUUUUCUUAUCUAUUCAGCAUCCUCUUACGAUCGACCUCUUUUUAUAGUUUGUGAUUUCUUGAAUUCUGUUUUCCCCUCCUGGCUGUACUUUCCCCGCCCAAGGAAUGAUCAGACAUCCAACAGACUUGCUGUCAUUAUCUCGCUUUCAGAACCGGUGUGAAGUGACAAAAGGGACGAUAUCGCAAUCAUUCUCACCCUCGUUGUGUUGCUGAGAAGAUCCGUGGCUCGGCCUCCGCUGCACCGUCUCUUAAGAAAUGGCGCCAUCCGCAUCAAACGCGGCCAGCAACUCGCCGGCCAAAAAGACAUCCGCCCCAGAAAAGAAAUACAAGUGCCAAUUUUGCAAUCGCGCUUUUAGCAGAAGUGAACAUCGCAGCAGACAUGAACGUUCGCAUACCAAAGAGAGGCCGUUUAAGUGCCUAAAAUGUCGGAGUACCUUUGUUCGACGAGACCUUCUCCUUCGCCAUGACCGUACUGUUCACGCCAAGGAUGGUGGGAUACCACUUGUUUCCGAGGGGCGCCGGCGUGGCGGCGCAGGUGUUCAGAAGUCCUCCCCUGCACCUGCACCUCCUAAGCCUUCAAUCACAAUUGAUCCUGCUACGUUGGAGCAAAUUGAGGCAAGCAGUGACGGUAUGGUCGACCUUGAAACUGCAGCUAUGCUGAUGACAGAUUUCCAACAUAAGGCCGCAGCCGCUGCUACCGGUCAGGUUAAUGAUCGGGCUGAAUCGGAUCGUUCUUUCUCCCCCGGUCGCGGCUCGCUACUAGAACCCUCUGUAUCGUAUUUGUCUGGCAACGCGACUUUGCCCCAAAUGCCUUGGGACACGCUAGUCUCUCCCGUUGACACAAAACACUUCAUGACCCAGGAAAGCGGCCGAGACUCACACACGCUUACAUCGGGCAUGGAACGGCAUGGGCCAGUCGGUGAAGCACUUGCACCUUCGCUUCACUCCCUUGUUAACUCGCUACCAGUGUCAGGAACCUCUACUCCUAACGCAUUGUCACCAUAUCCUUCGAUGACUGGCCCUGUCAGCCCGGUCAACUACCGGAAAUCUCCUGGACCUAGCCAGGCACUGACACUGCCAAAGGCCCCUCAAAUUGCGAAUGAAGUUGAGCGGAACAUGAUCGUAGAACGUAUCAGGAAUGCUGACGCCCUUGGGUCGCUUCCCGAUAGCUUCCAGCUCCCAGCUACGGCGGCCUUGAACAAGUAUUUGUCUACGUAUUUUAACUUGUAUCACCACCAUUUACCAUUCUUGCACCAGGAGUCUUUCAAGCCCACAAUCACCUCGCCGCCGUUGUUACUUGCAGUGCUGUCUAUUGGCGCCCUUUACACAUUUGAGCGUCAACACGCAUUUAUGCUUCAUGUUGGCUCAAAGAUGCUUGUUACGCAGUUUCUGCAGCACAAAGACAACUUUGACUCGAGGAAAUGCCCGUUGUGGGCCAUGCAAAGUACACUCCUGAAUAUGAUUUUCGAAAGUUGGAGUGGUGACCCGAAAGGCCUUGAAUGGACGUGUUCCAUCAAGAGCUUGCUCGCUAACAUGGUCGCUGGUAAUCGCUAUCAGUUGAAGCUCCGUACCGAAGCUCGUGAGGGCGCUCAACCUACUCGGGAAGAGUGGAUUGAGGAUGAGUCGUGCCGUCGCACUUACUACGCUGUCUACAUCUUUUUUGGCAUGCUAACGCUGACCUUCAACCAUACACCCGCAAUGAGCUUCGACGAGUUUGAUAACCUCGAACUUCCCUCGUCGGAAUCGUUGUGGAAUCUUGAUGCGACGGAUGAUGAAGCCUGGCGUCGUAGCCUGGCGUCGGCUACCACUCUCACCGUACGCGAAGCCCACGACUGUCUCUUCCAGGGCGACCAAGUUCGUUAUAGCGCCUUUGCGACGCGCGUUCUGAUCAACGCUCUGUUCCUCCAGGUCUGGAACCAUAAACGGAGCUUCGAGGCUCUUCAAGAUGUUGUUACUGAGUACAAGCUCCGUCUUGCGCUCGAAACAUGGGAGAACUCUCUCGAGGUUUGCGAGCCAGAGACGAUUGUAGUGCCUCUCAGCACUCCUCAAAAGGGUCAUCCAUUGAUUUUCAACUCCAUGGCUGUUUAUCGCAACACGCGCGCUCGUUUGGAGGUCGAUCUCAAGUCAAUUCAAGAGGCCUUACGGUAUCAUUCCUCUUAUGAAGUGGCGGCUGCGAUGACAGUUGCCCGUGAGAAAGUGAAGCGUUCCCAGGAGAUGAACAAGGUUAUCCAGUCCUGCUUUGAAUGCAUCGAGAUCGCUGCCAUUCAGGGCAUCAACUGGGUCGCAAAGACUUCCGCCACCAACUGGAGUGUUGAGCACCCGCUGUGCGGCUUGGAUCUGAUGGUCAUCUUGAGUCUCUGGCUCUAUCGCCUGGAACACGACGAGGAGCCCGCGACAGAGGCCGAGUUGGCCAUCUACAACAAGGUGCGGAAUUUGUUUGACGAUGAAUCCGUCGAUGCCUUUGGUAAACUCAGCUCCACCGUGGCCCGUGUAUGGGGUAACAUCCUAGACGGCGUGGUAGUAUGGGGAAUUACCAAACUCAUGGGCGAAUCGUUCAAACUUCAUUCGCAGGCCUUAGUUGGCUACGAAGACUCAUUGCGCGUUUCCAAGGACCAACCUAUUCACCCAAUGCCAACAAAGACACUUGCUAGUGUCGGCACCGCGUACUAGGCGAUUGAGUACGUCGGGUUAACUGGUCUACCUUAUGAUUGAUUACUUUAUCGCCAUUUACGUUAUCUUUGGCCCUCGGGGCUUGGUUCACCCCCGGUGUUUCUCGCUCUGACUCGGGUCUCAUUAUCAUUGAACGCUUUUGCUAUUCUUCCUCUCGUUUUCCUGGGCAUUU